AUGGCCCAGGGGAAUUGCACACCAGUGACAGAGUUUAUUCUUCUGGGCCUCACAGAUCGUCAGGAGUUGAAGAUGCCUCUUUUCGUGAUUUUCUUCUUCAUUUACCUUUUCACUGUAGUGGGCAACUUGGGUUUGAUUCUGCUCAUUAGAGUAGAUGCAAGACUCCACACACCAAUGUACUUUUUUCUCAGCAACCUGGCCUUUGUUGAUUUCUGUUACUCAUCUGUCAUUACACCAAAAAUGCUUGGGAAUUUUUUGUACAAGCAAAACACCAUCUCCUUCAAUGCAUGUGCUGCUCAGUUAGGCUGCUUCCUAGCCUUCAUGACAGCUGAGUGUUUGCUACUGGCUUCUAUGGCCUAUGACCGAUAUGUGGCCAUAUGUAACCCUCUUCUCUACAUGGUUGUGAUGUCCCCCAGAAUCUGCAUUCAGCUUGUAGCUGCCCCCUAUACCUAUAGCUUCCUGGUGGCUCUAUUCCACGCCAUCCUCACCUUUCGCCUCACCUAUGGAUAUUCCAAUAUCAUCAACCAUUUUUAUUGUGAUGACAUGCCUCUGCUUAGGCUAACAUGUUCAGACACUCACUCCAAACAAAUUUGGAUCUUUGCCUGUGCUGGGAUCAUGUUUAUUUCCUCCCUUCUAAUUGUCUUUGUCUCCUACAUGUAUAUUAUUUCUGCCAUCCUGGGAAUGAGCUCAGCGGAGGGCAGGCGCAAAGCCUUCUCCACAUGUGGCUCUCACAUGGUGGCUGUCACCAUAUUUUAUGGAACCCUCAUCUUCAUGUACUUGCAGCCCAGUUCCAACCAUUCUCUUGACACAGAUAAGAUGGCCUCUGUUUUCUACACAGUGAUCAUUCCUAUGUUGAACCCCUUGAUCUAUAGUCUCAGGAACAAGGAUGUGAAAGAUGCCUUGUCAAAAGUCAUCAUCCAUCAGAACCAGGCUUUCCUGGUAACAUUGAAAAAGUGA